GCCUGUUCUCCUGUAGAGCAUUUGAGGAGGAAGUGAAAGGGCAGCGUGUUGGGAGCACGGUGAGGAGAGCGGAGUGUGGCCCCAGAAAUGAGGCCUGCUGGGGAAGGGGACACCCCCCUCGAUGCCAACAGAGAUGCUCCCGAGAGUCAUCCUGAGAAGGAGGCGGAGCCCCAGACUUCAGAAUCCAUGCUGGUAUCAUCCUCAUCUAGUGAGUCGGAGUUUUCCCAGGCCGACUCAGGACUCUCCCCUUCGGGACAAGCGUCGGUCUCGUCCGGAAUGAUCUGGUCUUUGGCACCUGAAGAGUCGCUGCCGCAGAUCUCGAAUGCUCAGGCCUGGGAGAUGUACAGCUUAGAGACCCAGGCCAGGGUUGGGCAGCACCGCCACAGUUCUGUCAUGGAGACGACACCUGUCUCAGUCCUGAAAUCGAAACCUUCCCAGGAGCAGGGGCAAGUGGCAAAGAGAGAAAAGAGUGAUGACUUCUUUGCUCGUCCACUCUGGCCCAGGAAGGCUGAGUACCUCCUGGCUCUGGUGGCCUACACCGUGAGGCCAGCCAAUCUCUGGCGCUUUGUCCACCUGUGGCUUCACAAAGGGGGCGUCGUCUUCCUCGUCAUCUACAUCAUCAUGCUGCUGUUUGUGGGGAUCCCUCUGCUCUUCCUGGAGAUGGCAGCUGGCCAGAGGAUGCGCCGGAACUGCAUGGAUUCGUGGAGGAGCAUCGCCCCCUGGGCUGGUGGCGUGGGCUACGCCAGCUUUAUAAUGUGCUUCAUCUCGAGCGCACACCUGAACAUCGUGAACGCCUGGAUCAUCUUCUACCUGAGCCACACCUUCCAGUUCCCUCUUCCCUGGGAGAAAUGUCCUUUAUUGAAGAAUUCCAGUGACUUUGAUCCCGAGUGUGCGCAGACGACACCCUCCGUCUACUUCUGGUACCGGGAGACCCUGAAGGUCUCAGACAGGAUUGAGGAUGGUGGGCCACUGGUCCUGAGUCUCAGCCUGCCCUUCUUUGUGUCCUGGUGUAUUGUGGCUGCCUUCACGAUCAAGGGGCUCCAGUCCUUAGGGAAGGGCAUGUGUGUCUUGCUGUCGCUUUCCUAUGUCAUCCUUUUCUGCUUCUUCAUCUGGAGCCUACAACUGGAAGGGGCAGAACAUGGCCUUAAACAUUUGCUGGUUGCUAAGAUGUCGGCUCUGUAUGACCUGAGUGUGUGGUCAGUAGCAGGAAGCCAAGCUGUGUUUCAUCUCGGCCUCGGCUUCGGCCCCAUCGCCUGCUUAUCCUCCCACAUGCCGCAGUCCAACAACUGUCUCUGUGAUGCCUUUGUCCUAGCUCUGGUCAACCUGGCCACCUUGUUCUUCAUAACGCCUUUCAUCCUCGCUGUCCUGGGCUUCUGGGCUACAGUCCUCACGCACCGCUGCACCGAGAAGAACACAGAAACACUCUUGAUGCUGGUGAACAUGGGGACGCUGCCUCCGGAGGCUCAGCCCCCUGCCAACCUGCCCAAGGACCCCACCUCCACCUACAAUGCCUGGCUCGGUGGCCUGGACCCGAACAUCAAGAGCCUGGUGCUCAGCAAGGUGCCUGAGUGCAGCAGAGAGGCGUGGAUUCUGCAGGUUAAGGAAGGCCCAGGCUUUGCAUUCCUGUCCUUUAUUGAAGUUGCGUCCUUCCUUCCGCGGUCGAUUUUCUGGUCUGUCCUUUUCCUCCUGAUGCUGCUGUCACUAGGCUUGGGAACCACGGCAGGGUUUAUGCAGGGCCUCAUCAUCCCGCUCCAGGACUCCUCCUCUUUCUUCAGGAGACAAACCAAGGUGCUCACAGGGGGCGUCGUGGUGCUGAUGUUCCUGUGCGGUCUCUACUUCAUUCGCCCCAAUGGCGUUUACUUCAUCAGACUGCUGAGCGAAUACUGGACGCCCAUGCCCAUCAUCAUCAUCCUCCUCUGUGAAAACGUUGCUGUGGCCUGGGCCUGUGGGGCCAAGAGGUUUCUCGGAGACAUGAAGAACCUGAUGCAUGACCUCAUCCUCCGCUUCUACAGCUGGGUGUGGAGCUACCUGACUCCAGUCAUGCUGCUUGUUGCAUUUGUAACCAUCCUGGUUAAGAGCUUCAUGAAGCCCAUCACCUACCGGGCCUGGAACUCCAGCAGUUCCACAGAGAUGACCCUACAAUACCCAUCCUGGGCGCUGUUCCUGAUGAUCAUACUCCUGCUCCUGGUCAUCGCGCCCAUCCCCAUGUACGUCUUCUACUGCCUUGCCCACGGGAUUCCCUUCAGGGCCAGCAGUGGGGACAAGCUUACGAAAUCCUCCACAUCCCUGCAUCGAAAGCACCAGAUAAAGCCCAAAAAAAGGGACCCAAGAGAAAGAAGUUCUACAAGGCAAUAAACCGAAGUGAUGACCAGCCAGG